AUGAGCGACCAUGAAGGCCAAGAACAGCCCGCGGAAGAUCGCUCGAACAAGGGCGAACAGCAGGAAAACGGAGAAGCCUACCAUGACCCAAUUAAAAGUUACACCAGUAAUUACGAAAAUGGCCAAGCGAAAAACGCAAAGAACGACUCACCCCCAGUGAUAGAUAACGAUGGCAUGACGAGAGGCCCAAUACCCAGCGCUGGAAUCCCGCCACUACCCAGUAACAUGAACCUCCUUAGUAACCUCCAGGGUCCCCCCAACAACCUAUAUUACAACAUCGCUCAGUACGGAAUGAAUCCAAAUUUGAUGGAGUUGUCGGAAAAGGGGAAGAACGGCCCCACUUCAUCACCUCCCGCUGCGUCAGGAGCAGGAGCAACGGGGCCCAGCUUCGUGCACGGCAUGAAUUCGUUUCCUCCAGGAAUGUCGAACUUGCCACCCAACAUGCUGAACAUGCCGCCGCUUAUGAGCAGCCUCCCCCCAAACAUGGCCAAUCUGCCGCCAAACAUAGCGAACAUGCCACCCAACAUGGCCAAUCUGCCGCCCAACAUGCCGUCCAACAUGAACUAUUUGCCACCCAAUAUGAACCCCCUCAUGCCCAACAUGAUGAAUCUGCCCCCUCCUCCCUUCAUGAUGAAAAUGAAAAACCAAAUGAAUGGUGCUGGACCGGGGAUGAAUGGUAUGCCGUAUUACUUUCUCCCCAAUGGGCCACACAUGGGAGGCUACACACAAACAGGAAUGGACGACAUGACAGACCCGUUUGGAAACAAUAUGAGCCACCUCCCCCCACCGAUGUACCUUAACGAAAGCGGAGGAGCGGAAGAUUAUUAUCCGUACAGGAACGAUGAGGAGGACUACAUGGGAGGAGAGAGGCGACACCACGCAGAAGACAUGCACGAUGAAUACAUAUCUCGAAGCGAACGAAGGAAAAGAAGAAGAAGGAGGAAAUAUUAUGACGAAGAAAGCUAUUAUACCAAAACGAAAUAUAGCCAAAUGGAAGAAAAAAUAGAGAAGACCGUCGAGAAGGAGGUCACUAUUCCAGAGCCGACUGAAUUUAACAUAGUGAAAGAAAAGGCACGAAAAUGGAAAAUGAUAAAUAGUAAAAAAUAUUCAAAAAAAAAAAAAUUUGGAGUAAUGGAAGAAAAAGAAGAAAUGCCAUGUGAGCAUCUAAGAAAAAUAGUCAAAGAACAUGGCGACAUGAGUAACAAAAAGUACAGAUAUGAUAAGAGAGUAUACUUGGGUGCCUUGAAAUAUGUGCCGCAUGCUGUUUUUAAGCUUUUAGAGAAUAUCCCCAUGCCUUGGGAACAAAUUAAAAACACAAAGGUGAUCUAUCACAUCACUGGGGCGAUUACCUUCGUGAAUGAAAUCUUCGUCGUCAUAGAUCCUCUUUACAUUGCUCAGUGGGGAACCAUGUGGAUCAUGAUGAGAAGGGAAAAAAGAGAUAGGAAACAUUUCAAAAGAAUGAGAUUCCCCCCCUUCGAUGAUGAAGAGCCUCCACUGGACUACGCAGAUAAUAUUCUAGAUAUAGAACCCUUAGAGUGCAUACAAAUGAAGUUAGACAAAGAUGAGGACAGAAGUGUUAUCGACUGGUUUUAUGACUCCAAACCUUUGCUCUAUAAUCGGAAUCACAUCUUAGGAACUAGCUAUAAAAAGUAUAAACUAAGUUUGGAACAAAUGGGGGUCCUCUACCGAUUAGGAAAUCAGCUAUUUAGCGAUUUUCAGGACGAUAAUUAUUUUUAUUUGUUCAAUUUGAAAUCCUUCUACACUGCCAAGGCGUUAAAUAUGGCCAUACCCGGUGGACCAAAAUUCGAACCCUUGUACAGAGACAUCUACGAAGAUGACGAAGACUGGAAUGAGUUUAAUGAUAUUAACAAAAUUAUUAUACGCCAACAGAUUAGAACGGAAUACAAAAUUGCCUUCCCCUAUCUGUAUAAUAAUAGGCCCAGAAAAAUUGCUGUUAGUAAGUACCACUCCCCUAUGUGUGUCUAUAUCAAACUGGAAGACAUUGAUCUCCCCCCGUUCUACUUCGACCUUAUUAUCAACCCCAUUCCAUCGUACAAGAUCGGAAGUUUUGAUAACCCAGAGAGGGAGAAAAAACAUCUGGACGAUUUUUAUCUCAUUUUUACAAGAAAGGAGAUACACUACCAUAAGGUGCUUCCCCGGGGAAGACACGGGACCAACUCUAGUCACUCUAAAAAUCGGGGCAGGGAACAUUCCAGCGAUGACAGCGCUAGAGAGUAUAGUAGUCAUGGCAGCGCUGCGAGUAGUGACCGAGAAGGAAGGACAGCCCAUUCCAAGCGAAGAAGUGGUAGGGCUAACAAAAACGAGAGGGGAAAGUACCCGAGAGGAGGACGAACCAAGCGAGGGGAUAAACGUGACUCCAGGCGGGACAGAAAAGGUGACUAUCACUCCAGCCAGGAUGUGACUCUGUCAGAUGGAUCCCACGAUGACCGCCACGGGGAUGAUCGUCACCGGAACAGCGAAAGGACAACGUACAGGAAUGGCGGCGGUAAAAGUAGUGGAAGGGCCAGCGAGAGGGGAAGCCAGCACCACCGCAGCAGCGAAGACAACAGCGACACGAACGUCUACAGCAGCAAGUAUAAAGACGAGGACCAGGUAGACAAUAGCACGAUAGAGAACUACUCGGGGGAUAACAGCUCCAGGACGGGCUACGCCAGGGGUGGCAAGAAGAGGAGGAACCCCUACGAUGGGGAUGAGCGUGGCGAUAGCGACGAGGAUUAUCGAGAAGAGGAUAACCACGACGAAGGUAACCGCGACGAGGAUGAUCUUGACGAGGAUGAUCGCGACAACGACAUCCGCGAUGACGGUAACCUCGACGACGGCGAAGGCACGAAGAACCGCUCGGGGGAGGAUAAGCGCGGGACGAAGCAACUCGAAACCAAACGGGAAGAAGCCACAACUCCGAGUAAGCUCAAAAUAGUAGUCAAAAAUGUGCAGUACGGAAUGCUGCCCCUGCUACAUGAGUAUCCUCUCUACACGGAAAGAACCAUCAAUGGAAUUCAACUCUACCAUGCUCCCUACCCAUUUAACAAAAAGUGCGGCUACACAAGGAGAGGAAUAGACAUCCCCCUCGUGCAGUCCUGGUUCAAAGAACACAUAUCGACAAAGUACCCAGUCAAGGUGAGAGUGUCCUACCAGAAGCUACUCAAAUGUUGGGUGUUAAACCACCUACACUCGAAGAGACCAAAAAGUAUGAAGAAAAAGUAUCUAUUUAGAAUAUUUAAGAGUACGAAAUUUUUCCAGUGCACAGAAAUGGAUUGGGUGGAGGUAGGUCUCCAGGUAUGCAGACAAGGAUACAAUAUGCUCAACUUGCUAAUCCAUAGGAAGAAUUUGAAUUACCUUCACCUGGAUUACAAUUUCAAUUUGAAGCCAGUCAAAACGUUAACCACCAAGGAGAGGAAGAAGUCUCGUUUUGGUAACGCCUUUCAUCUUUGCAGAGAAAUCCUAAGACUAACGAAAUCGAUAGUAGAUUCGCAUGUGCAAUAUAGGCUUGGAAAUAUCGAUGCGUACCAAUUGGCCGACGGAAUACAGUAUAUAUUUGCCCAUGUGGGGCAACUGACAGGAAUGUACAGAUAUAAGUACAGACUUAUGAGACAAGUAAGGAUGUGUAAAGAUUUGAAGCAUUUAAUUUAUUACAGGUUUAAUACGGGGUCCGUGGGGAAAGGUCCUGGUUGUGGAUUGUGGGCACCUCUGUGGAGAGUGUGGAUUUUCUUCCUCAGAGGGGUUAUCCCGCUUCUAGAAAGAUGGCUGAGCAAUUUACUGGCGAGACAAUUCGAGGGAAGAGUCUCCAAAGGGAUUGCCAAAACGGUUACCAAGCAAAGGGUUGAAAGCCACUUCGAUUUAGAACUCAGAGCAGCUGUCAUGCAUGAUAUAAUCGAUAUGAUUCCUGCUGGACUGAAAAAUAAUAAAGGGAAGGCUAGACUCAUUUUGCAACAUCUUAGCGAAGCAUGGAGAUGUUGGAAAGCCAACAUCCCUUGGAAGGUCGUCGGGUUACCUCUCCCAGUGGAAAAUAUGAUCAUCCGAUAUAUUAAGCUCAAGGCAGAUUGGUGGAUUAACGCUACUUACUAUAACAGGGAGAGGAUUAAGAGAGGGGCGACGGUAGACAAAACGGUGUGUAAGAAAAAUCUAGGUAGACUAACCAGACUCUGGCUCAAAGCAGAACAGGAAAGGCAGCAUGAAUACUUAAAGGAUGGUCCCUAUGUCACUGGAGAAGAAGCCGUCGCGCUCUACACCACGGCAAUUCACUGGUUCGAAUCGCGUAAAUUUACGCACAUUCCUUUUCCUCCACUGAAUUAUAAGCAUGACACGAAGCUUCUCAUUCUGGCUCUGGAGAAACUCAAGGAAACCUUUACCGUUAAAAAUAGACUUAAUCAAUCACAGAGGGAAGAGCUAGGGUUCAUAGAACAGGCCUACGACAACCCGUAUGAGACGCUAUCUAGAAUAAAAAGGCACCUACUCACCCAGAGAGCAUUCAAAGAAAUAUCCAUCUCGUUCCUAGACCUCUACACACACUUAGUACCUGUGUACGAAGUGGACCCAUUGGAAAAAAUUACAGACGCUUACCUAGACCAAUAUCUCUGGUAUGAGGGAGACCUAAGAAAUUUAUUUCCCAAUUGGGUCAAGCCGUCCGACAACGAACCGCAGCCAUUACUAGUCUAUAAAAUGUGCCAGGGGAUAAACAAUCUGCACAACAUUUGGGAAACAAAAAACAAUGAAUGCCUCGUAAUGCUGCAAACACAGUUCAGUAAAAUAUACGAGAAAAUCGAUUUGACGCUGCUGAACAGAUUGCUACGUCUGAUUGUGGAUCACAACAUUGCGGAUUACAUAACCGCGAAGAAUAAUACAAAUGUUACCUUUAAAGACAUGAACCAUAUAAACUCCUUUGGGAUUAUUCGAGGACUUCAAUUUUCUUCUUUCGUUUUUCAAUACUAUACCAUUAUUAUCGACUUACUCAUCCUAGGGUUGACGAGAGCGUACGACAUUGCCGGUCCCUACAACGAUGUUAACCCAUUUCUCAGCUACCAGAAUGUGCGAGUGGAGACGAGGCAUCCGAUCAGACUCUACUGCAGAUAUGUAGACAAGAUUUGGAUCCUCUUCAAAUUUUCGAAUGAAGAAUCGAAAGAUUUGAUUCAGAAAUUUUUAACAGAAAAUCCGGACCCAAAUAAUGAAAACAUCGUUGGGUAUAAUAACAAGACGUGCUGGCCAAGGGACUGUCGAAUGAGAAAAAUGAAGCAUGAUGUUAACCUCGGCAGAGCAACAUUCUGGGAGAUUCAAAAUAGGAUCCCCCGAUCGUUAACUUCGCUAGAUUGGGAUCAUUACAACACCUUCGUAAGCGUUUAUUCGAAGGACAAUCCCAAUUUACUCUUCACCAUUGCCGGAUUUGAAGUCCGCAUUCUCCCUAAAAUAAGGCAACUGUCAUACGGCAUUAACAUGUACACCUCGUACAUAAACGAGUAUGGAAAGAAGGACCAAAGUAAAGAAGCUUCCUCCACCACAGAUGCAGAUCAACCCGGGGGAGGAGAAAAAAACGUGAUCAUAUCAUCCAGCGAAAAGGAAGGCACGUGGAAACUGCAAAACGAAGUUACCAAAGAAAUAACCGCAGAGGCGUACCUAAAAGUGUCAGAAAAUAGCAUGAAACGAUUUGAAAAUCGAGUCAGGCAAAUUUUAAUGUCGUCUGGAAGCACCACGUUUACCAAAAUUGCAAACAAAUGGAACACCACCCUCAUCGGAUUGAUGACCUACUUCAGAGAGGCUGUCUUAGACACAGAAGAGUUGUUAGACCUCUUGGUAAAAUGUGAAAAUAAAAUACAGACCCGUAUAAAGAUAGGUCUAAAUUCGAAGAUGCCUUCUCGUUUUCCCCCCGUGGUGUUCUACACCCCUAAAGAAUUGGGUGGGCUGGGAAUGCUCUCCAUGGGGCAUAUAUUAAUCCCAGAGUCGGACCUACGUUAUAUGAAGCAAACGGACAGCGGGAAAAUUACCCAUUUUAGAGCCGGGCUCUCCCACGAAGAAGACCAGCUUAUCCCUAACCUAUACAGAUACAUUUCCACCUGGGAGAGUGAAUUCCUAGAGAGCCAACGAGUAUGGUGCGAAUACGCACUAAAAAGAAACGAAUGCCAUAAUCAAAAUAAGAAAAUCACGUUGGAAGAUUUGGAAGACUCUUGGGACAAAGGUAUCCCCCGAAUUAACACUCUGUUUCAGAAAGACAGACACACUUUGGCAUACGACAAGGGGUGGAGAAUAAGGCAGCUAUUUAAGCAGUAUCAACUUAUUAAGAGUAACCCCUUCUGGUGGACCAAUCAGAGACACGAUGGAAAGCUGUGGAAUCUGAGUAACUAUCGAACAGACAUGAUUCAAGCCCUGGGAGGGGUUGAAGGGAUACUAGAGCAUACGCUAUUUAAAGGAACCUUCUUCCCCACAUGGGAAGGAUUAUUUUGGGAGAAAGCCAGCGGGUUUGAAGAAUCUAUGAAAUAUAAGAAGUUAACUAAUGCGCAGAGAAGUGGACUGAAUCAAAUUCCCAACAGAAGAUUUACCCUGUGGUGGUCCCCAACAAUCAAUCGUGCAAAUGUAUACGUAGGGUUCCAAGUGCAGUUAGACCUAACAGGUAUAUUUAUGCAUGGCAAAAUUCCCACCCUGAAAAUAUCGCUGAUCCAGAUAUUUAGAGCACAUCUGUGGCAGAAGAUUCACGAAUCGCUAGUUAUGGACAUAUGUCAAGUGUUCGAUUUGAAUUCGGACCUUCUCGAAAUCGAAACGGUGCAGAAGGAGACCAUCCACCCGAGGAAGUCCUAUAAAAUGAAUAGCUCCUGUGCGGACAUUCUCCUCUUUGCCAAUUACAAAUGGGGCAUUUCCAAACCGUCUCUACUCUCAGAUGAGGAUAACAUUUUUCUGAACAAUUUGGAAAUUAAAUCGAACAGUUCGAUAGCCCUGGGGUCUUAUCCUUACACGUCCAACCAGUACUGGAUUGACAUUCAGCUCCGAUGGGGAGACUUCGAUUCCCAUGACAUUGAGAGGUACAGCCGAGCCAAGUUCCUAGAUUACACCACAGACAAUUUGUCCAUAUACCCUUGCCUCACGGGGGUCCUAAUAGGAGUGGAUUUGGCAUAUAACCUAUACUCUGCGUAUGGCAACUGGUUUAACAAUCUCAAACCGUUGAUGCAGAAAGCGCUGCAGAAAAUUAUUCAGUCGAAUCCGUCUCUCUAUGUACUGAGGGAAAGAAUCAGAAAGGGGCUUCAACUAUACUCCUCUGAACCAACAGAACCGUACCUGAAUACUCAGAAUUACAAUGAGCUUUUUUCUUCGCAGACCAUCUGGUUUGUUGAUGACACCAACGUUUAUCGAGUUACCAUCCAUAAGACCUUUGAAGGCAAUCUUACUACGAAGCCGAUUAAUGGCGCCAUCUUCAUUUUGAACCCCAAGACAGGACAGCUCUUUUUAAAAAUUAUCCACACGUCUGUAUGGAUUGGACAGAAGCGGUUAUCUCAGCUAGCCAAAUGGAAGACAGCAGAGGAAGUGGCCUCCUUAAUUAGAUCUCUCCCUAUAGAAGAACAACCAAAACAAAUUAUCGUAACAAGGAAAGGAAUGCUAGAUCCGUUGGAAGUCCACUUGCUAGACUUCCCCAAUAUUAUAAUCAAAGGAACAGAGUUGAAUCUCCCAUUUCAAGCCUUACUAAAGCUGAACAAAAUAGGAGACCUCAUAUUAAAGGCAACCCAGCCACAAAUGCUUCUAUUCAAUUUGUAUGACGAUUGGCUAAACACAAUUUCGUCCUUCACCGCAUUUAGUAGGCUAAUCCUGAUACUUAGAAGUUUACACAUAAACCCGCAGCAGACGAAAAUUCUCUUGCAACCGAAUAAGAACAUAGUAACGCAGCCACAUCAUAUCUGGCCCUCUUUCAACAAUAACCAGUGGAUUAAUUUAGAAGUCCAACUGAAAGAUCUAAUUCUUAACGACUAUGCGAAGAGAAACAAUGUACACAUCGCCUCGCUAACUCAGAACGAAAUAAGGGACAUCCUGCUAGGUAUGGAAAUAACCCCGCCAUCUAUACAGAGACAGCAAAUUGCAGAACUGGAAAAGAGCAAUUUAGAUAAUAUAGAACAACAAAUGAAGGUUACGACGUCCAAGACGACCACGAAGCAUGGAACUGAAAUGAUCGUCUCAACAUUAUCCCCUCAUGAACAGCAGACAUUCACAACAAAGACGGAUUGGAAAAUCCGAUACCUUGCGAACAACUCCCUACUCUUUAGAACCAAAAAUAUUUAUGUCAAUAAUAGUUCGUUAAAGAGUGUAACUCAAGAAGGAGGAAACAGCGGCGUGAAUACCAUCAGCUCCAUCAACGAUUACACUUACGUCAUUGCCAAAAAUUUACUUGAAAAAUUCAUUUGCAUUUCCGAUUUGAAAAUACAAAUUGGAGGCUUCUUGUAUGGUUCCUCACCACCUGAUAACUCCUAUGUGAAGGAAAUCAAAUGCAUUCUUAUUCCCCCCCAAAUUGGAAACUACCAAUCUGUUACGCUUUCAAAUUAUUUGCCCUCGAGUAAAUAUCUGGACAAUUUAGAACUCCUCGGAUGGAUUCACACCCAGACGACCAACUGCUCCAACACGUCCAACCACUUAACGACGUACGACAUGGUUGCACAUUUGUCAUUUCUGCAAGAGUGUAAAGUCAGGAAGAAGAGAAAAGCAGAUGGAACAGGGGGAAUCUACUCCGAUGACGACAUCACAGCUGAGGAUAAUGCGAAUGACGACAGUGGAGACUUCUCCAAAAUAUGGGACAAAAACAACACGAUUAUUCUUACAUGUUCAUUCACUCCUGGUAGCUGUACCAUCAAUGCUUACAAAUUAACUGAUGAUGGAUACAUAUUUGCCAAGAGCAAACAAAAUUCAGCUGAUCUGUAUGCCUAUCCGAAUGCCACUAAUCUGUAUGAACAAGUUCAGAUUCUACUAUCCAAUGUCUUUGUUGGUUUCUUUCUAAUCCCUGAUGAUAACAUAUGGAACUACAAUCUGAUGGGUAUCAAAUUUAACAAUAAUCAGAAAUAUUCCGCGCUGUUAGACAUGCCGCAACCCUUUUACUCCGACAUACACAGGCCCAACCACUUUCUCCAGUUUUCCCUGCUUGACCAGCACGACGGGGAUGAGGCGGACGUCGAGACGUCGUUCAUUUGA